CUUCAUUCGCCUCAUAAACAACCACAGAACCACAAGUGCGGUGCAACUUUCUCUCCAGGACAACGAGAACCUCUGGUUCUAAAUGGUUAAUCUCCGCAGGUCACUACCAGCCACCAAGACCAACUCCGUCAUUUAAGACUUCGAGGGACACCAAAACCACAGGCAUAAAGUAUAUGUGAAAGGAGGACUAUGGCAUCUAACAGCCUAUUCAGCUCAGUUGCAUCAUGUCAGCAAAACUUCUUCUGGGAUCCCACUACGAGCCGGCGCUUUACUCCACCGUCCACCACAUUACCAGCAACGGGGAAAAUGAGCGAUGUGAGCGGGAUGGUGUCGCACCAGGAACCAGGGCCCGGAGUCGGAACAGCCGGGACGGCGCCGCUGAGCAGGUCUCUGAUCCGGCCCCAUGAGAACCGAACCAUGGUGGAUAUCAUAGCCGAUCACCCUGCAGAGUUGGUGCGCACUGACAGCCCCAAUUUCCUCUGUUCUAUCCUGCCGUCGCACUGGAGGUGCAACAAAACCUUGCCCGUGGCAUUCAAGGUUGUCGCCUUGGGGGAUGUUCCUGACGGCACUGUGGUCACGGUCAUGGCCGGCAAUGAUGAGAAUUAUUCGGCCGAACUCCGCAACGCGUCGGCGGUCAUGAAGAACCAAGUGGCUCGUUUCAACGAUUUACGUUUCGUGGGCCGGAGUGGACGGGGUAAAAGUUUUACAUUGACAAUCACAGUAUUCACAAACCCACCUCAAGUGGCUACCUAUCACAGGGCUAUAAAGGUUACAGUGGAUGGACCUAGAGAACCUAGAAGACAUAGACAGAAACCUGAUGACCAGCCCAAAGUUGGAUUAUUUUCAGAACGUUUGAGUGAAUUGGAACGCCUUCGCCAAACUGCAGUGAGAGUGGGCGCUUCAACGCAAAGUCCACGACCUUCUCUCAAUCCUACACCAGGUCCUUUCAGCCCUCAGGCUGCAUCACAGAUUGCAGACCCCAGGCAGGCCCAGUCGUCACCGCCAUGGUCAUAUGAUCAGUCCUAUCCACCCUAUCUGAGUCAGAUAACUUCACCUUCCAUUCAUUCCACAACUCCUCUUUCCUCCGCCCGUGCCACAGGGCUUCCUGCAAUCACUGCUGAAGUGCCAAGACGACUUUCAGGUGCAACAGAUCUUGGCCCUUUCUCAGACCCCCGGCAGUUUGGGCUUUCUUCGCUCACAGAAAGCCGUUUCUCCAAUCCUCGAAUGCACUACCCAGCCACCUUCACUUACACACCAACUCCAGUUACAACUGGCAUGUCUCUAGGUAUGUCUGCAGCUACACACUAUCAUACCUACUUGCCACCGCCUUAUCCUGGCUCAUCCCCAAACCAAAGUGGACAUUUCCAAACCAGCAGUGCACCCUAUCUCUACUAUGGUACCUCUUCUGGAUCUUAUCAAUUCUCCAUGGUGGCAGGGGGAGAACGCUCACCCUCCAGAAUGCUGCCACCUUGUACCAGUGCAUCAACUGGCAGUACACUCCUUAAUCCGAAUCUGCCCAACCAAAAUGAUGGUGUAGAUGCCGAUGGUAGCCAUAGCAAUUCUCCCACUGUGUUGACUUCCACUGGAAGGAUUGAUGAGUCUGUCUGGAGACCAUACUGACUCUUUGAUUCUAUAAGAAAACAGAACAGCAGCUUGGAAAAGAACAUUAUCAUUUAAACAGUGCCUAUUGUACAGUUUUUAACUGGAAGAAAAUCUUAUGAUAUGACUGCUUAGUGAGAGAACUAGUACAGUAUUUCAGGACAUUUCUGUACAGUUCAACAUAUGCACAUGACUUUGGCUAUUUUUAAGUCCGUCCCCCUAUCCACCUCCUCCAGUGAAUGAACUUAGCAUCUUAUCCAAAUACAUGAAGAAGUCCUGACUGCACAGCAAAGGAAACGUUGUUUGAGAAAGAUGGGCCUUCCAAGAAGUGGCAGAGUGCAAAUUGCAGUAAUUAUUGAAACAAUGUUGAAAGUAGCAAAAAAAUGUGGCUAAAAAUGAACUCUAAGCUUGAAGAUGAAAAGUCCCAGAAACUAUAACCACCCACUUUAACUUUUCUUUUUAUAAAUUGUCUGUGAGGAAAACUGGCUCACAAUUAGAGUAGAGGUAUGAGAAAAGUAAAUGUAUGCAUUUAGUUGUAACUAUGCAUAAAGGGGCAGAAUUUUUUUUCGAAUAUAGUUCUUGAGGAAUACCCUUUAAAUGUAAGUAGAGAGAAGUUGUUUUUAUGACCAUUUAUGUAAGCAUUUCUGUUAAUUGAAUGUUUACUACAGAUUUCAAGAGGAGUUUCUGUUUUCUUGAAAUGGUUUAUACAUACAAUAAAAUUGCUUUUCAGUUUCAAAGGAGGUUUAUCCCAUCUGACUUGGAGCAAUUUUAUUCCACUAUGUUGUUUCAUUUGAAUAUUGUUUACUCAUUAAUUGAAUGGCUCCUUGAUGUUGACAUAUGGACAUUAAAAUGGUAAUGUCUACUUUGGCAUCAUUAUACUAUAAUAUCUGUAGUUGUCUGUGUACUUGAGAAACAAUGGCAAUAGUUAAUAAUAUCAUAAUAUUCAAACUCAAAUGGGUUACUUUAAUUAAAUGGUAUUUUCCCCUGAAAUUAGAAUCCUCAAAUUAGUUAAUAACUAAAUAUCUGUGCAUCCGUAAGGACAGUAGCAUGAUGGAAAUAGGAAUAUUGUUGGUAGUUCAUGCCAGUAGCUUUGGGAGUACUGAUUUUUUAUCACCUAUUCCACUUUAGUCAAGUUCUCUUAAAAUUGAUAUACUAUAUAUCUUGCUAUGGAAUGAAAAUAUCUUUGAGGAACAAACAGCAAUAUUUUAUUUAAAAGUACAUAUUGGAUGAAAUCUCCUUACAGAGCUGAUGUUUGGAAGGUUUUGUCAAAGAAAUAUCCACACAUUGCUGUAUAACAGCUCUAUAUCUAAUCACAUAUCCAGAGCUCUGUUUAUGAAUAUAAGAAUAAAAACCUACUUUUGCCAUUUGCCCUAAAUUUAACUUACAUUUUCCAGUAUUUUGCUUAUAAUUCAAUAUGCUAACAAUUAGAAUCAAUGUAGUUUUAUAAUGAAGCUACAGAAUCAAUGCAAUUGGGAGUUUUCCUUGAAAUUAUGAAAUUAUUCCCUCUUAAAAGUUUUCAAGGAAUCACAAUUCAAAAGCCCUUUAAUCAGGGAAUUAAAACCACAUCUCAUUGUUCAAUGCCAGCAGUCAAAAAAACAUGAUUUUAGAGUUACUGUUUCCUUUAAACAAUUAGUUCCACAAUGAAAACAAAAAAAAACACAGAAAAUACUGUUUAUGUUCCAUUUAUUUUCCUUCUUGGUCCGUAGUAGUGAAGGUGAUUUGAUGCUCAUUCCAACUUUCUUUUAAGAAGCAAUGAUCAAACAGAGAGAACAAUGUUGUUUCAUACACUCGACUUCACACACAAUUACAUAUGUAUAGGCAUAAGUUUUUUUUGUGAAUGUUUAAGUUUGAAUAUAUGUGGCUCUGAUAACACUGAGAAAGAAAAGCCUGCAAAUAAAAACAAAUUUGAAAUGAGUACAUUUGAAAAUAUACAGCAAGCCCUAGCCAUCAGCAGUAUUGGAAUAAUAUUUUAAAUAAGAAUAUCUUGUCAUUUGUUACAUGAUUAUUUUGACAGAGGUACUACCAUUGAGGUAAUUAAUCUAGUUUUCACACUCAGAAGCAUUGUCCAGGUGAACAGAAUCUAACUUCAGACCAUUUAUUGUUAUUAUUGAAGUGUAGUUAACACUUAAAUGUCUGUUUUGAUUCAUAGAGCUACAGCUACCUUAAAAUUCAUCGGUGAUACAAUAGGCAAAGCUAGUUUGUGUUCAAGCACUACUAGAAAUUAAACAAAAUAUGCAAAUAGUGAUUCACCAGCAGAUUCACCAGUGUUUCAUUGGCCAUAAAGCUCUUAGGGAUGUCCUGAGGCCUGAACGCUCUUUCUUUUUAUUAUCAUGCUGAGGUAAGACUUAUAUUGAUUCAACUCUUUUAAGUGCAACUAGUAUGUGUAUGGAGAACCCACCAUAUAUUAAAGUAACCCAGGUACUUGAUAUAUUAAAAUUGCCACGCCUAUAAAUCUUAGAAAGAUUACACAUGGAAAUGUGUAUUCUGUCUUUGUAACAUAAAAAGCACAAAAUACAUGAGGUACAUUAAUGCAAUAUCUUAUCCUAAUGCUUCCUUAGUUUCAAAUGCUUCAUUCUAUUCUGAGACUAUUUUAUGUAUUAAAUAAAUGUCAAAUAUUUUUCAAUAUUUAGAUAUAGCAAGCUUUUUUUUACUGUAAUAUUUUCUUGUGUGAAGCAUGCUUUUGUGGACCCAAGGUUCUAUUUACAUUAAAGCUGGACAACUUUAUUGAUAUUAUUUAUUGCAAGUGGUAGCUUGAAGCAAACCACCAGUCUACAUUUAUAUAUCUGUACAGGUAAUGAGUUCGAUAGUUUUCAGCAGCAUUUAAAAAAGCAGGUGUCAGGUUACACAACUCAAGGUUGAACUAAUCAAGUCUUACUGCCAGUGCAAGCUGUUACCUAUUUAAUAAAAGGUACUUUAUUUGUUUAAUGUAAUUUUUAUUGCUAAGGUGGAUUUUCAAAGAUUUAAAUAUGUGUUUUUAUAUAAAGUGAUUUUUUUUAAAAAGAACAUUUUUUGUUAGGAUGUGAUAUUAGUAGGGCUGCAGGCAGCAAUUUUGGAACAAAAUUUAAGAUUUUGUACAGUCAAAAGCACAUCCAAUUAGAUCCAGUAUCCACCAGGUUAAUGCAAUAAUUACUAUACAUUUUGGACAUCAUGCAAAAUGUAUACACCAUUUUUUUCAUUAGGAGCAGAUUUUCCACUGCAGAUGUGAACAUUCUUUUAGGGUUUCUGAUAAGUUAGUUUUCUAUGGUACCAACUUUUAACAUGGACUAUCAGAGAAUCAGAGAAAUUUAAUGUGCAGAAGGAAGCAAAAAUUAACCUUGUUCUUGAGCCUCUGUCUGUAGUCCUGUAGGCUAUGGCAUAUCAAAUGUUUAUCAAGGUACCUUUUAUGUGCAAUGAGAGUUUCUGCCUCCACAAUCCUUUCAGACACUAUAUCCCAGAUCUUCAUUAUAAACAAUCAAAAGAACUUCAAUCCCUCCUUAACUUUCUGCCAAUCACCUUAUAUCAAUGCCCCUGUUUAUCAUGGGAUUAUGUGAUACCUGAGAUGAUUUAAAGAUACAUUUGUUAAUUGACUUCAUCGGAUUGCCAAGUACUUGAUCUCAUUAUAUGGUGGUAGAUAAUUCAAGGUAUUAUAUAACAGCAAAUAAAAAAUGAAGGGAGCUUCAAAUCACUCGAGGUGGACCAUGCAAUUACAACUAAUAUUCCACAUGUUACAUAUAUGUAUAAUAUUACAUUUAGAUACAAUCCAAAAUUGCAAAAGUGAUAAAUUGGUUCCUUUACUGAGCAGAUGUCAUUCUGCGUAAGUUUUGGCAAUAGCACUGAAUAUUAGAGUAUUUUUCUCUCCAAUUUUCUCUUUCUCUUGAUAAUGAGAAGUAAUUAUAUCACUCAAUGCAAUAUCUUAUUGGUUCAUUAGUGUAGGAAUGAAAUAUUAUCAGACACAAAGUGAAAACCUGGUAGGGCAAAUCAAAACACAAGACUAAAGUGCAUCUGGUUUUGUGUUGGUGAAAAGAUUAAUCUGCUUUCCUCUAGAUACCAGGAUUGGAUACAGGGGUUGUUGUUAUGGAGGCAGAAGCACUGAUUCUUGCUGUAAAUUGAAAUAUGUGCUGAGUACAGCAGUUCAUGUCAAUAAUUGAUGAGCAUAGCUGUGUCAAAAAAUGUUGAGUUUUUCUAUUUGGCAAUUGUACCACUAAUGUAACUGGCCAGAACUGAUGGCAAAAAUAGGCUUUGGUUAUAAAUUGCAUGCUGAUUUGCUUCUAGUGAAAGCCAUGUUGAAAUUCGUUAAAAUAUCUGUUUAACAUUAUGAGAACAAUACUCUUAAAAUCGAGCAUAUUGAAAGGCACAGUGGUAGUUUUAACUAAGAUGAUUGAAACGGGACCAAGGUGAGCCUUGUCUAUCUCUGAUUUAGUAAUGUCAUCUUCAACCCUGGAAUCUCUUAAGAACACAAAAAGGCUCUUUUUUUAAUGUUAACAAGCAGUUUAUCAUACAGUUCAUAUUUAGUAUUCUUAUAGUUUGAGAUGUGAGACACAAAAUGGAAAUCCGAGCUUUCUAAUGCAAUUACCAGAUAGAUAGUUGAGCUCCAUGAGGAAAAAGAACACAUUUUAAUCUGUUCAUAUUUUUGUUUAUGUAAAACAGACAAGAUUCUGCAAUUUUGAUUUCAAUGGUAUACUUGCACUUCGGCCUUUUAAUUUUUUUUACUUUUUAUAUAAAUAUGAGCUUUUUUAUUGCUGUUAUUCAAUAAUUGCUUUGCACUGAGUAUACUGUACAAAUGCAUUGUGUUUCCAAGCCAUUGCCAUCAUUGAUUAUGAAUCACUUUGCUACAUCUUAAAAGGGAAUAAUGCUAAGGUAGUGGUUUUUGUAUUACGAAACCCACAAGAUUCCUUACCUGGCAUUUUGUCAUGAUUGUAACAUUGAUUUAAGUUUGAAUUUCAUUUUCAA